AUGCCACGUAAGCUACGUAAGAAUAUACGUAAGAGGAAGAGAGCAUUGAAACAUCCAAUAGUAAAACUGACACCACAACAACAGUUGCAACAACAAAUGAUGAAUGACCCCACUAUGUUGCAACAAAUGUCAAGCAACCCUAUGCUUUUAAACCGAGUUAUUGGUGCACAGAGUGGAGGUUUAAGAGCGGCACUUUUAGCGAAAAUGGCAGGCUAUGGUGGAGCUGCAGACGGAACAGCUUAUAACCCUCAAAGUCAAAUGAAUUUGAGUUCACUCAAAAAUCAAAUAACAGAUGUCAAAAAGUCAAACAUAGACAUACAGAAACAAAUAA